CACAAUAAUGGCCAUUCAUUUCUCAUCCUGAUAAAUCUUCAACAAUAAUGGCGUUUCACUCAAGCUCAUUGGUGACCUGCCAAGCACAUAAAUUUAGCAAAACUCCCAAAAAAACAGUGAGAGAGAUAAGAAUGGAACCCAAGAGGAUGUGCCUUUACAUCUCCAUAGCUGUUGUACUAAUUGUGCUCAGCACAAAUAUUCAAACAGCUGAUUGUUCAGAGAUCAAAAAAGGAAGCUCUUGGUGCAAUGGAACCAUCACAGACUGCAUUGAAGAAGACGACCAAGAGUUCCUAAUGGAGUCUGAAGUGAGCAGAAGGAUUCUUCAAACCACCAACAAACUCACUGUCAAAUCUCUCAACCGUGGAUCAGCUGUAUGUGAUCCAGAACGGUAUGGCAAUUGCAUAGUUCAGAUCAACCAACACAAUAGACCUUGUACCUACGAAAAUCGAUGCAAACGCGGUCCCCAGCCAUGAUCAUUACGAAGGAGAGAUACCUGUGCUGUAAUUAAAUCUCUCAGACGAAACAAUGAUCUUGCUAUGUGGUUUCUUUUUCAUCCCUUUUUUUUUUAAUCUGUAACCUUGUUAUAAUUGUAGUUAAUGUAAAAUUCUCCCUUCAUAUACUUGAAUCCCUAUUAUUUGAUGCC